AUGCAAUCAAUAAAUGACUACUUCGAUGUCCGUAAGGACUUCGUCGCCUUCGCUAAGUACCAUAGGACUCCACUGAACAGGAUCGUUCAUUUGAUUGUUGAGCCGGUCCACUAUAUUUGUCUAUUAUUUUUUGCCAACCACUUCCUACCAGCAUUGGGUGGCAAUGGGUCUGUUAAUUUCGCUGUCGUGAUGAAUAUGGUUUACAUGAUAAGUUACCUCUUCAUCGAGAUCCCCGCUGGUAUUUUAUUCAUGCCAUUUAUGGGGCUGAUGUACUAUGUAGCAGUUUAUAUGCUCCAUGGAGAGGAGUGGAUGUUGGUGGCUGGUGUGUUGGUCUGCUGUUGGGUAGCACUAUUACUAUCUCAUGCAUACCUCGAGCGUAAGACUCCACCAUUCGGACCAUUCCUCGUUCAAGGCUUCCACGGCGCAUUGUUCUUCGUUUGGCUAGAUUUGAUAUUCCAAUUCGGCUAUAAGCAGCAUUUACACAGGGAAAUAGACUGCUUAGUAGCUGCAGAGGAGAAGAAGGACCAAUAA